AUGGCUAAGGAAGUAGUCAGAGUAGAAGACGUUCAAUGCUUGUUGAACCAAGAUAGAUUAAACGAUCUAGAAAACUACUAUAGCCUUACGGCCAUCCACCCCAUCUUGCCAGAGAGUUUUGAGAGAGCCAAUACUCCUCCUCCAGGGAAAAUUACUAUUUACGAGAAGUUUUUGCUCGUCCGAUGUGGGAAGAGUUUCCCCGGGUGGUUUAGCUUCACUAAAAACCCCAAUGGCCCCCCUAAGGAAUUGGUUGCUAAGAACAAAAGUUCUAAGCACUGGAGGUCUGGCUUCUUUUAUGUGGACUCGAAUUUGGUCGACCUUUAUUCGUGGAAGCCGGACGAGGGGGGGAAAGUUAGCUUAGACCCGUGGACCAAAAGGGACAAUAAGGAAAUGGAGGCCAGGAAAGCAGACCUGGGGAAGUUGGUCGGGUGGAAGAAGACUUAUAAAUAUAGGAAAAUCGCGUCAUUGAGCAACACGAUCAGCUCCCGUAUAUUUGCUAACCUGAUGGGUAAAUGCUCGACUUUUAAUGAUUCAGACGAAGAGGAACCAUUCCCUGAGAAGAGUCUGCAAGAAACCCCUCAAUGUAACCGAGAUAACCCCAUCCUAAUCAAAAUCCUCUUCGUCGGACAAGCCGUUCAGGCAAUAGGCUCCUUCGUGAUAGUGUGCACGAACCUGGAGCGACAGGUAGCCUUGGCCAGGAAGAAGGCCAGCAACAAGGCAUCCAAAGCGAUGGAUGCCGAGACGCGGCUUCAGGCCUUGGGGAAAGAGAAGAGGCGGCUGGAGGAGGACCUCUCAACAAUGAAGGGGCAAUUGGAAGACGUGACGGCAGCCCACAACCUUCAAAUCGAGGGCCUCCGGGCGACGACCAUUCCCAAGUCUGACUUACUUGGGGUCAUCCGAGACGAUGAAAGGGAGGACAUCCGCGGUAAGGCUGCGGUGCAAGGCGGAAAGCACUUCCGUGAUAUGAACUUCGCCUUGCUUCCCAUAAUGCAGCAGAUCACAAAAGCAUGCGCCACCGUUUCCAAGCCCGAGGACAUAGCUGAUAUUCUCGGCAGCCUUUCGUUCGUCUUCAAGAUGCCAAAGGGGAUCCAGAUGCCCCUGGGGACACCGCAAGGGCUGGAUGAGGAGCCAGAGGCGGUAGAAGUUGAGACGCCCCCCAAGGGGAAUAAUUCCGGGAGCCAAGGCGAGGGCGGCACUUCGACCGAUUCCAAUACCAACAACGGGGAUAAGCUUACACGCGCUUCCUGUGUUCAAGGGAAGGACGCGGCCUUGAAUUUACCCAAUCCGCCCGAGGGGACCUCCCAAGGUGUACCUGCAGCUCCGGGUAAGUGGGAAACAUCCGGAAUCCCAUGGAUCGACCUGCACUUACCCGACCCCCACUUCGACCCGACAACCUUUCCCCUUUACGCGGUCGUCAGAGGAGCCUUAGUGGAUCCGCCUUCCGACCGAAGCCGAGGAAGGCUAUCUAGUCUGGAGGGCCAGCUCAAAGAGGCCUUGGAAGCGUAUAGGGCGUCGAAAUUAGGCGAAGCCCGCAGGGCCAUUAUAGAGGUGAAGGCCGAAAAUGAUCGGUUGGACAAGUUGUGGAGGGACACGGAGGCCUACUGGGAAGGCCACAUGAAGUACUCCAUACAGUUAGAGAUGUUAUCCAACAACCGUCUUCGGAAGUUCGAGGCUAAGAUCCGGAAGAAAAAGAAGGACGACGGUUUGCCUAAACCCGACCCUGAGAACUUCAUUCCCCGCAACUAUUUCGAGAGUGUCUUGGUACAUCUUUGGAAAGCCUACGCCUUAGUCGCCAUAAGGUGGGAUCGAUCCUCUGACAAAAUAGAGGCCCUUCGGGGGUACGCUGAUCAGCUUCAGGCAGCAUUAGAGAGCACGAUUUUGUUUAUUGUCGAAACGGGAAAGAAGUAUGAUAUUGGGGCGUUGUGGCCCGACCCCUACCCUUCUAUGCGAGACGAUCCCGCUUCCCCCACUCGUGAGGCCAAGCAUCUGAUAUAUGAAAAUGAUGCCCCGUUUCACGAAUUAGGUCAAGGGUCGCACUAG